AUGGCACGUACGAAGAGGACUAAGAGACUAGCCAGUCAAAUUCCCAAUCUCGUCGCUACCAUUAAAGCCGCGAAGGAGUGUUCGAGAACAAGCAAGAAUUCAAAACCUCCGGACAAAGAAAUUGCUCUAAUUAGAUGUAACAAGAAUAAAAAGGAUAAGAGUGUCUUGGUAACUCCUCCAUCCAGACCUCCCUGCAACCAAAAAUAUCUAAAUGCGGGUCUAUUACGAGGAAAAACACCGAGUGAGGUAGCCUUAAUUAUCCGCAAAUCCAGAGAACCAUGUGUUGAUUCCUCUGUAUCGUCGCCUUCAUCAUCUGUUGUUAUAUCUACGUCGCCAAGCGAUGAAGAAGAAGAAGUCGCAGAACAUGAAGAAAUUCCUUUAGUAGGUGGUGAUCAAGGUAAUGGUGGUGAUGGAUUGAAUGGUGGUAAUGGUGGUGAUGGAUUGAAUGGUGGUAAUGAGGUGGAAGAGAUUGAGGAAGAGGGGGAUCAAGGUAAUGAUGAUGAUGAGGAUGGGGAUGGAAAUGGUGGUGGUAGCAGUGAUGAAGAGGAGGAUGAGGAUGAUGGUAAUGAUGGAAAUGGUAAGGAAAUAAAUGAUGGUAGUAACGGAGAUGAUGAUGAGGAGGAGGAGGAGAUUCAGGAGGAUGAGGAGGAUGCUGCGCAACCACAGCCGAAGCCGAAGGAGAAAGUCCCAAAUAAACCAAGCGCGCGACACAUUCCACCCAUGCGUUUGCAGCUUACUCGUCUACCCGAUGGGAAAGCCAGAGGUGAACCUAAAGAUGACGGCAAAUUUCUAUUCGGAUAUGAUAGCUCGUGGGCCCGUACCAUCAAUGAGACAAUUGAUCAUAAGAAUGCCACACAUCUUUUUAGACACCAAUCUUAUUAUGCAAAAAUGAAAAAAUGGCCCUUAGAAAGUGAAUGUCCAAGAGUGAGAGUCAUUGUUGAAAACUCAGGUUUGUAUGAUGCCGUUCAAAACUCCGUGAUUGCAUAUGACAAGGCUGCAGUAUCAUGUUUUACUGAGAGGUUUUAUGGCGAAGUCGAUACAUUCCAAUUCCCUUUUGAUGAGAUGGCAUUGAUUCCCGCAGACGCAAAACAAAUUAUAGGAUUGCAGGUUGAGGGAAAAUCCAUGAAUGACAAGUUCAAUAAAAACCUAGAUUGGAAAAAAAAUUAUGAAUUGACGGAGAAGUUGUUUGGAUGGGAUGAAAAGAAGACGUAUGGCCUCUUUGUGAUGGGAAAGAAAUACCCAAAGAAAGAGUUUAAACUUAUUGACAUUAGAAAGAUGUAUGCAAGGUCACUUGAGAAAGACGGGGACAAUAAACUACUCUCUGAUUUUGAAGUUCGUGCGACGGCAGCCACAUACUUGUUGUAUGUUCUUGCUUCGGUUAUAUUUCCCGAUAGCAAAGGAAACAGAGUCAGCGUCAACCGUCUUCAACUUUUGGAUACCUUGGAGGAUGUGGGUAAGUAUUCGUGGGGGACUGCCAUAGUAGCACAUUUGAACGCUCAGCUAGCAAAGGCAUCCCGGGAAAGAACAUCUCAAAUGAACGGGAAUUUGGCUGUGUGCAUUUACGAGCAUUUCCCCUCAUUGAUGAAAGGAGAUGAAGACAUCCAAUUACAGCCAACAUGGAACAAUACUAAAGCAAGAGGAACCCGAUACAAUUACACUGGAAGUCAGGAUAAAGAGGAAGCGCAGAAGUUGAAGUUGCUAGCCAUGCGCCAAAAAUUGGACAAUAUGAUAGCCGAAGAAGUAACCUUUGAUCCCUACAAGGAAGAUAGAGUAAGAGGAUUGCAAGAUCUUGGAUACCAUGACCCUCUGUUUUACCCUUAUGGAUACUCAAUGUACAAUCCGCAUAGAGAUGGAAUCACAACCUAUGCCAAUGCAUGAUCAACCUUCUCC